UACAAAGCGUGUGCGCAAAAAUGCUUUCACUUUCACUUCAAGGCUCCAUUGAUUCAGUCGAGGCGCCGCAUUCAGCACAAUAAAAAAAAAGAAAAGAAAGAAGAAAAGACGAAGUAGCAAAAAAAAAAAAGCAAGUGAGGGAAACAGGAAGACUAUAGGAAUUCCCGACAUGGCGUUUAAGUAUCCGGCUGCGAGAAGAGAUGAGACAAAGGUGGAUGACUACCAUGGGAGUAAGAUCUGUGAUCCCUACACAUGGCUGGAGGACCCUGAUAGUGCCGAAACAAUGGCCUUUGUUGAGGAGCAGAACAAGCUGACCAUGCCAUACCUGGAGCAGUGUGCUGUCCAGCCUCAGUUCCACCAGCGUCUCACUGAGCUCUAUGACUACCCCAAAUACAGCUGCCCUUACAAAAGAGGGAAGAGGUAUUUCUACUUUCACAACAAAGGUCUCCAGAACCAGGAUGUGCUAUAUGUGCAGGACUCUCUGGACGGACCUGCCACCAUAUUCUUUGACCCAAAUAAACUCUCUGAGGAUGGCACCGUGGCACUGAAAAUGGGCCGUCUGUCAGAGGAGUGUGAAUAUUUUGCGUAUGGUUUGAGCAGCAGUGGUUCAGACUGGGUAACUGUGCGUUUCAUGAAAGCUGAUGACCUCACACCACUGCCUGAUGUACUGGAGAGGGUUAAAUUCAGCUGCUUGGCCUGGACUCACAAUGCCAAAGGCGUCUUUUACAACUGCUAUCCACGCCAGGAAGGCAAAACCGAUGGCACAGAGACCACCUGCAACAUCAAUCAGAAGCUCUACUACCACGUCAUCGGCACCAAACAGUCAGAGGACAUUCUGGUUGCAGAGUUUCCCGAACAUCCCAAGUGGCACAGUUCAGUAACCAUAUCAGAUGAUGGCAGAUAUGCUGUUUUGGCCAUCACUGAAGGAUGUGAGCCUGUCAACCAGCUGUGGUACUGUGACCUUCAGCAACUCUCAGAUGGCAUCACAGGCUUGCUGCCAUGGGUCAAACUUGUGGACAACUUUGAUGCCCAGUACUCGUAUGUCACCAAUGAGGGAACUGUAUUCACAUUCCGCUCCAACUUGGAUGCUCCUCGGUACUGUCUCCUCAACAUAGACAUCCAGAAACCAGACAGGCAGCACUGGACUACCCUAAUACCUCAGCAUGACAAGGAUGUCCUGGGCUUUGUCUCUUGUGUGAACCAGCACCACCUGCUGGUCAACUAUCUCCAUGACGUGAAGGAUAUCCUACAAGUGUAUGAGUUGUCUACAGGCCAGCUGGUCAGGGACUUGCCGCUGGACGUCGGCACAGUGGGCGGACUGAGCUGCAAGAAGAAACACUCUGACUUCUUCUAUAAGUUCACCUCCUUCACUACACCAGGUAUCAUUUACCACUGUGAUUUGGGUGAGUCAAACCCAGAGCCCAGAGUGUUCAGGGAGGUGGAGGUAAAAGGCAUCAAGCAGGAGGACUAUCAGACCACCCAGGUUUUUUAUCCCAGUAAAGAUGGAACCAAGAUCCCCAUGUUCUUAGUUCACGCCAGGGGCCUAAAGAAGGACGGGACUCAUCCUGUCUUCCUUUAUGGCUAUGGAGGCUUUGAGGCUUCCAUACAACCAUACUACAAUGUUGCUUACCUGCUGUAUGUGAGACACCUGGGAGGGAUCCUGGCAGUGGCCAACAUCAGAGGGGGCGGAGAGUAUGGCCUCACCUGGCACAAAGCCGGUUCACUAAAGAACAAGCAGAAUUGCUUUGACGACUUCCAGUGUGCAGCAGAGUAUCUGAUCCAGGAGAAGUACACCACAGCCAGCCGCAUAGCUAUCAAUGGAGGCUCUAAUGGAGGGCUGCUAGUGGCGGCAUGUGUGAACCAGCGUCCAGACCUGUUCGGCUGUGCUGUGGCAGAGGUGGGGGUGAUGGAUAUGCUGAAGUUCCACAAAUUCACCAUCGGCCACGCCUGGACCACCGACUACGGCUGUUCUGACGACCCGGAGCAGUUCAAGUGGCUCGUCAAGUAUUCUCCUCUCCAUAAUCUGCCUCCGCCACCUUACUCUGGCCCUCCCUACCCUGCCAUCCUGCUUCUGACAGCAGAUCACGAUGAUCGUGUGGUGCCUCUCCACACCCUUAAGUACUGUGCUGCCUUGCAGCACGGAGUGGGUAGCAGCCCUGUGCAGCGUCAGCCUCUGAUGGUCAGGGUGGACACCCGUAGUGGGCACGGUGCAGGGAAACCCACCGCCAAGGCCAUCUUGGAGGACACGCACAUCUAUUCCUUCAUCGCUGAGACACUUGGGCUUAGCUGGAAGGAUUGAGGAGAUAAUGACAGUGAAGGCCAGUAAAGGAUAUACACACAAUGGCUUUUUAAGGGAUGAAUGCUUUCUUCAUUUUUAACAGUUUAAUCAAAGACAAAAGAGUGUACUGGUACAACUAAAGUGAACGGUUAGAGAAUGAUUAAGAAAAAGAAUAACAAACUGUGUGGUAAAAAUCAUCAUCAUAAUCAAUACUCAUCAUAAUGCCUGAAAUGACUCUUAAUUGUAGAUUAUCUUAACCAAUCAAAUGCACUAAAAGAUUCUGAACUUGUUUUCAUACUGUAAGUUUGGAAUUGAAGUAUUUCAAUAAAAUCUCUCUUUGUACAAUGA